AUGGGUGACCAAAGAGAUCUGAGUCUAUCAUUAGGAAAGCGCAGGCGGGGUUCAAGCUCUUCCCAAGCAAAACGUCGCAUUGACGUUGAGGAAGAUGAAAUCAUCAGACUCCCUGCGUGUGACCUAGAGGCUGCUGCAGAACGUUUCAAACUGACCCUUAUUGGUCGUGUGUUCCAGGUGAAGAGUAGGAGCAUCGAUGCUAUGAUCAACCUUCUCCCGAAGCCAAGAAUCUGGAAUGUGGAGGGCAAAGUCCGCGGAAACAAUCUUGGUGAUGGCCGUUUCCAAUUUGAUUUCGAUAAGGAGGAAGACUUACUGAAAGUACUGAAUAAGAGACCUUGUCAUUUCAACCAAUGGAGCUUUGCUCUAGAAAGAUGGGAACCUUGCACCCGUGAGGAUUUUCCUAACUCGAUUCCGUUUUGGAUAAGUGUUAAGGGUGUGCCUGUCCACUUCUGGAAUGACGGGACUUUCUCUGAGAUUGCAAAAGCACUGGGAAAAAAACUCGAGGUGAUUCAAAGCGAGCAAAGAUCCAAGUCUCCAUCAACGUGGACAAUCCACUGCAAUUUGAGAGGAGAGUGGGAUUCCCGAAUGGUGACAUAG